CAACCAAACCCAAAAUCUACUUAAAACUACUGAAGUUAGUAGAAAAUGGCUUCUAAGAAAACCACCUGCCUUGCUCUCUUUCUUCUUGUAAACAUUCUUUUUUUCUCUCUUGUGAGUGCAUGUGACACUUGCGGUGGUACUAAACCAACGCCAAAGCCAACCCCGAGCCCCGGCUCCAAAGGCAAGUGCUCUAUUGAUACUCUCAAAUUAGGUGUUUGUGCUAAUGUUCUUGGCAAUUUACUUGGAGUUGUAAUUGGAAAUCCAUCAAAGAAACCUUGCUGUUCUCUCAUUCAAGGACUUGUUGAUCUUGAUGCUGCUCUUUGUUUAUGCACUGCCAUUAAAGCAAAUAUUCUUGGAAUCAACCUUAAUGUCCCUAUUUCUCUAAGCCUUCUUCUCAGUGCUUGUGGCAAAAAAGUUCCAUCUGGCUUCCAAUGUCCUAAAUGAACAACUAUCUAUGAAUUUGUCAUGUAAGAAUAAUUCCAGUGAGUGGUAACUCUUUGUUGUUAUGGUAUGUAAUAAGUGGAAUUGAUUAGUAUCUUGAAAUAAGUUCCCUUUUUGUAUUUCAUAAUAGACGCUUGAUUUUGUAAUUCACAAUAUAAAAGUCUAUUUGUUGUAA